AUGUAUAGAAUACCCCUUGAUGAUUAUAACUCAAACUCAGAUGUUAAAUUCAACACUUGUUCAAGUACUAGAAAUUGCAACUAACCUAAAUUCAAUUUUCCUACUGACAGAGCAUCAAGAGCAAUGUCUGGCAGAAGUUCCAAUGUUAAGAAUUAAUUUGAUAUCAUGUGCUUUUUAAUGGGAGUUGAACUUGAAAGAUUGAAUUAAGAGAAUGAAAAAUUGAAGCAUCAUAACCUAGACAUUAAAGAAAAUGCUUACGAAAAUAAAAAUUACGAGUUUUAGCUUAAAGACUUAUCAGAAAGAUUAGUGAAGAAGGAACUUAAAUGUUAGGAACUAGAAAACCAAUUAACUGAUGCAAACAAGAUGAUAGCUUAAAAGGAAAUAUUAGUGCAAAAUCAAUAUUAAUAAAUAAAUCAGCAGUUAUAAGUCAUUUAGUAAUUAUAAUACACAAUCAAAUAACUGGAAUGUAAAUUAGGAUUUUUGGUUUGCGAGAAUGAAAAUUUAAGCAGUAAAAGAAACGAAGAAUUAAUAAAUAUAUAACAUGUAGCCAAGUCACAGAAGGACUAUGAGGAGUUGUAAAAAGUUUAUAGUUCCUUGUUGGAUAAUUAUAAUAUGUAGAAUGAAAAGCUAAAUAGAAUUGAAGCUUAACACUAAGAAUUAGAAUAUAAUUAUUAAUAGGUAGUGGAUAAGAAACAAUAAUAAGAGAUGGAAAACAAAAGCAAAAUGAUCUAAUAUGUUGAUUGUAAAUAGAAAUUAAUUUUCUUAACUGUUGAGUUAGAUCGUAUGAAUGAGGUUAUCCAAUAGUAAAAAUAAGAAUUAGAUUAAAAAUAAAAGAAGUUCGAUAACAAAUAAUAAAUACUAAUGAUGAGAAUAAUUCUGCAUUGUGCUGAAAUUGAUCGACUGAUUGAUGUACAAAGUAAAUUAAUGAAUGAAAAUAAAUGGUAUCGAAAUCAAGUGGAAUUAUAUGCAAUGAUGAUUGGAGAUAAUAAUAAAGUAGUUAAAUUAGAUUUUUGA